CUCCCUCGGAAAGUUGAAAGGUCACGGCUAUAGAAUCAGCUGUUUGCGGCGAGUUUGUGAAAAAGAUGGUGGUGGGACAAGAAAUUGACAAGAGAAAACGUGGAAAAUUGGAAUUUAUUCUGUAUUAAUUAGAAAUAAAAGGAUUAACAUCAGAGGUAAGAGUAUGUAAAAAAAAAUGACGCAGGCAAAAUUUUUUGAUAAUGAUGAGAAGGAAGAUUAUUAUGAAGAAGAGGAGGUGCGACCCCCGAGGAGGCCUGGCGAGGCUCCCGACGGAGGCUGGGGCUGGAUGGUGGCAAUUGGGGCAUUCAUUUGCAGCAUGUUCGUUGAAGGCUUAUUGUUCUCGUAUGAUGAAGUCGUACCCUACCUCAGUGAAUAUUUUUUGGUGCAAGAGGAGUCCCUAAUCUCAGUAGGGGUCUUGAUGAAGGCAUUCUGUUUGAUUGGAGGUCCGGUUAUAGGUGUGCUUGUGAAAAGGUUCAGCUGUCGCAAAGUAGUAAUGGUCGGUAGUGUUGUCACCUGCAUACUGAUACUAGUCAGCACUCAAAUGCCAGGGCCGGCAACGAUGCGACUCACCCAUGGGGUUCUAGCAGGUAUUGGCCUUGGUAUGGUGUACCAGCCAUCAAUUAUGAUCAUUGCAUUUUGGUUCGAACACAAACGGGCAUUUGCAACAGGAUUAGCGCUUAUGGGUGCAGGGGUUGGAGUGUUUAUUUUUAAACCCCUUUAUAAACAUUUAUUAGACAUUCACGACUGGAAAAACGCCACAGUCAUUUUAGCGGCACUGUUCUUAAAUUGUGCUGCGGCAGGGGCGCUGUUCAGACCCUUAACACACGCAAAGCCGAAGGGGAUGAAACGUGGCCCUAUUCAACGAGGUGCAAUAAUGAAAGCUCUGAUUGCAGAGAAAGAACGCCAGCGGACUAUUUCAAAUGGCUCCUUAGACAACUGUAUUAUAACAAAAGACAACAGGCUUAUAAAAAUUGACAAAAUUGAUCUGCGUAAUAAAAGUAAUUCUUACAUAAAUCGGUUAAAAGAAACUUUCGGAUUUAGCUCAAGGAGUCUGAAUCGAUCUAAAAACUCUUUGGUAGUUCCAAAAGUGGUAGUAUCGGAUCCAAUUUAUCGACCUAAAUCUCCGAGAAGUUCUAAUAGUAGUAAUAUUGUACCAAAGCCUUCCUCCACCCCUCCAACGCCUAAAAGAGAUAGUGGAUGUGGGUCACUUGAAGCGUCCCCUAAAUUAGUAACACGCAGUUAUGAGGCAUUGCCAUCAGACGAUCCUUGGGAUAGAAAUUUAGUCGUAAAUCUGCCACCUAAAGAAAAUACCUGUUCUAGUGAUAAAACUCUUAACAGUUUAGAUAGGUCAAAGUUUUCUCCAAAAAGACAAAGGGAUGAAAAAUUAGACCCUUCUUUUUUGAGUACUACCGCAUCUCCUGUAGGAAGUGUUAGAAGUAUGAACUCAAGAUCUCCGUCGGUGGUUAGUCAGACUAGUAAAAACACAGACAUUUACAUCCCGAUGAAGGGAAGCGUUAUGACAGUACCUACUACUGUUCAUUCUGUCCAUUCACUGGAAAUGAGUACAAUAAUGGAAGAGGAAGAAUUAACAGAUUGUAGAAUUUGUCGAAAAUUGUGCCGGGUACUCGAUCUGAAGUUGCUGAAGUUACAGUCUUUCUGGCUUUUAAUCCUCGCAAGCUUUCUUACCAUGAUCGCUUGUGCCAUUCCAUUAGUUCAUCUUCCAAAGAAAGCAAAAUCGUUGGGUAUUUCAACCGAGAAAUCCUCAUUCCUGAUCUCAAUUUUAUGGGUGGCCAAUAUGAUUGGUCGAUUUGCAUUUGGUUGGGUCGCAGACCGGCCUUGGGCAAGUGCGGUACAACUGAACAAUACAAUGAUCGUGCUGGCAGGAUUCUUGUCUUUGUUCGGACAGUUGUUCAACAGUAACAGCUGGCUGGGAUUCUAUGCUGCAUUUUUCGGACUGUUUACUGCGGCAUUUUUCACUCUUCGAUCAAUCAUGCUGAUAGAGUUAUAUGGGAAGGAUCGGCUGAUAUCGUCGUUUGGUCUACUCACGUUCUUUCAAGGCUUUGCCGUAUUACUUGGAUAUGAACUCAGCGAAAUUCUGCAGGGAAACGUUGCCUUCUACAUAGUUGGUAUUCUGCUUGUUAGUGGGGGCCUCCUGGGAAUCCCCCUGCCGAGGGUUAAGAGAUGGGAAGAGAAUCGAGAAAACAAACUGAAAAUCGUUCAUAUCGAGGAACUUACUCAACAUGAACAAGAAACGUUAAAAAUUGAAAAUUGCGAAAGCACAAUUUAGAUUUUUAUCGUAAAUAAUGAUUAAAUAAGAAUUAUUUACAAUGGUUUCGAAGACAAAUGGAAAAUUGUGACAGCACGGUUGGACUGUUACGCUAAGAAGAGCAGUGAUUUAUGAGAAAAUGUGCUUUAUUGAAUGUCAGCGAAAGGAAAUGGGCCUAAGUUAGAGGUAUAGAGAAAACAUAGACAAUAGCAGAUUAAUUUGGUGCACACAGUGAAAUAUUUUUGAAGUAUUUUAUAUACCUGACAGUCCAACUAUCCUCAAUGAAAAAUCUUGAAAAAGACUGUCUGUUGAUUUUUUUGCUAAAACUUUUGGUAUUGAUUUAAAUUAAAGAUUCUUAUAAAAUGUCAUGCCUACAAAAAUGUAUCUCAUAUCUUAUUCUGGUUUGUAAUGAAUUAGAAAUGAAAUAAGAACACCAAAACAUACAAAAUACUACCAGAGUAAGUGUAUCUAAUACGAAAUUUCAAGGACUCGCAUAGCUUUGCUAUAUUAAGCCCAGGGUGCAAUUUUUGACAUCUUUUUGAAAAGUAUGAGAAGAAAAUGGAAAUAAAUGCCUAGUUGGAAGAAUUGAUCAGGGAUUUAAACUUAAGUGGGAUUAUUGUUUAUUUGUAGAUAUUUUUAAGGUAAAACCUUGAUAUUAGAUAGUGAAAAUAUUUUGACUGUGUAACACUCUGUAUGUCGUGUAGUUGAAAUUGUUUACUCUUUGUGUAUUUUGCACGGUGUAAAUUUGAUGUGGAUGUGACUGUUAGGAUAUUACAUAAAGAAACUGUUCUAAGUUUCGUUUUGACAAUUAUUUUUUAGGGAUGGCUAACAGAUGUGAGUUUAUGUAAUUCUUACACUUGUUGACCAGAAAACUGUUCUACACAAAACAUAAACAGGAAAAACAUAAAGCAUUUAUUUGGAAUAUUUCAGUUGCCCUCCAGACUGAUGCAUGUAAUGGAAAAUCUUGUGUACAAUAAAGUCUAGUUUACUUGUAACUUAUAAAAUGGGAUAUUAAUAAACAAUUUAGGUUUUGAAUAACGUUUCUUCAAUAUUAGGCAUUGAAUAACAUCCGGGACUUUUGACAAUCAUUUGACUGUGUAACAUGCUUGAGAAUUGUUUAGAAUAAGAAAAAACAUUAAAAGGAAAUUAUAGCUCUGGAUAUUGGCUGCCCGUGUUACAUUGUUCUUCAAAAGCUACUUCUGCUGUAUAAAGAUUUUGUUGUAAUGUUAGGCAAAAGUAUGAGGUAACAUUGUAAGAUGUUUUAUAAUAGUAGAUCACCGAUUUCUAUGUUUUGUUGUCAGAAAUAAGUAACAUGAAAGAGAAAGGUUUAAAUUGUUAAUCUUUUUUAAGAAUAACAGUGGAAAAAAAUACUUUUUUAUGUAAAACAGUGCUUAAUUCAAGGAAAGGCAUUUUUCUUAGUUUAUAGCCAGAGUUAGAUUCUGUAUUAUACAAGAUAAAUUGGUUUUUGCAGUAGCACAGUAUUUUUCUGGUCACAAAAGCAUAAAUGAAUAUUAACUCUAUAUGAACAGUCACAUGUAAUGUACAGAGAAUUGAACAUUUUCACACUUGGUAGUCCACUACACCAUUGCUGUAUUUGUUAAAAUGUUGUGUCUGAUGUUGCUGGUCAUUUUGUUUGAUUGAUUUUAUGUUCUAUAAGUGCUAAUUUAACUUUGUCAUAAUAUUUGUUUAGAUGAAAUACUUUCAUAAAGUUCAUUUCAUAAGUCAAACUGCCUUACAGCGUGAUAAUUUUGUUGUCAGCAAAAAGUAGAACGCUGUUAUCAUAAGUAUUCUUGAACCUUUAUGAGUAUAUCAUGAGGGCAGAAGAAUUGACACCAUUUAAAUAGUAAAACAGGAAAAAACUGGUACUUGCUGUCAGGUUACUAGACAGAAAAACAGGUGGUUGGCCUCAGUUAUAAAGAGGUAAGAAAUAAGGUCAUGAAAUAUGUGCUACUAGCAACUUUUAGAAUUUAGGUCAUAUUUAUUUCUAUACAAGAUGUGCUUGUUAUUUAUAAAACUAUAAUUUAUUCAAAUGCAUUGAAUGUGCUAGAUGAAGUUUAAAUACAUAUUGGCCUUCCUGUUAAAAAGUAGUGAUGAAAGUGCUAUGAUAAAUUGAGUUAAAGGUUCAUUGAUUUUAGUUAAGUAAUUUUUUGCAUACAAAUAUUUGAAGGUAUGGAUGUUCAUCAAUUAUUAUCAGAUCACAUUAUUAUCUGUCUGAGGUGCCAGUUUUAUUUAACAUGAACAAAUACAAUCUAGUUGAAAUUAGGGAGACAUCAGUAUGAAAAUUCGGCGUAAAGAAAACUAGAAUUUGGAAGAAAGCUGAAAAUUUUGGUUACUGUAGGUUUUUGUUUUCAAAUAGAUUAUAAUGACUAAAGCAGUUAAAGAACAAAGUAGAACGGAACCUGUUUGUUUUCUUAUUAGUUUGUUUUUUAUAUUGGAAAGGAUGUGUUAUUGUACGUUUUCAUUAUUUCAAGUAUAUAAGGGUCAGUCGGGUAUCGCAUGAUCUCGUUUUAAUGUACAUAGUUCUUGAUAUUAAUUGUGCAUUUUCUUGUAAAUAAUCUCUCUUAUCACCAUGCUUCACAAUGGAGCUAUAAUAGAAUACUUGUUGUUGUUGUUUUUUUAUUUCUGAAGAAAAAAUACUGAUUGUUUUUCAUGAAGUGGCACAAAAAUUCCGUUCAUAUGGGCAUUAUUGUACAGUGAAACUGAAGUUAGAGCUACUGACGAGCUACUGACGGGUUGUCCCAAUUUGUCAGACUUGGGCAUACUUGUAUAAGUUUAGCACAGUGUGCUCUGUAAAGUAUUUGUUUAAUGUGACAUGGGUUACCCUCAGUUGAUCAACCUGUCAGGGACAAUGACUGCUUAUAUUGUCAAACAGAUCUGUGAAUUGUUAAUUUGUGAAUUCAAGUUUUUUUAUUUUUCCCCACCACUUUAUGUUAAACAAUCACUAGGAAAAAAGUUUAACAAUUGGUUAAGUGCUGAUUUUUGUAUUUUAAAAAAGUUUUUGUCUGUAAUUGUCUGUUUGAGUUUGUUGUGUCGGAAAGGACCAUUUUAAGGAUUUUCCCAGCUAAAUUUCAUUUUUCAGCAGAUUAGUAAAAUGGAAUUCUUCCUGUUUGUGUACAGUUUUAUUUAUUUUUUUAUAGUGGAUUAUUAGAUGAAAGAAUGUUGGAAAAGUUUAUGAAAAAUAUUUUUUGGAUUUUGAAACUUGUUUUCGUAAGAUGGUCCUUAAAGUGUGAUAAUUUGCUUGUUAUUGAACAUUUGCUGAUUUCUAUGCUUUUUGAAGAGAUCUGUCAUUUGUUUUAGUAAUUAUUUAAUUAUUUUUGUGUGUAUGGAGGUACAUGUUUGAAGUACAUAUUACAUUGUAUUUCCGAAGACGAGAUAUAGGGCACUGUGAAAAAUGUAAUCAAAUUUUAUUAGAAAAUUAUUUAAAAAGAAAUUAUAUCCAUAUAUUUUUAGACAUACCAGUAUAAACAAACAUGUACCACAAGUGUUGCACAAAAUCACAUUGGUUAUGAAUUUGGAUAUUAAAAUUUGUACCUGAAUUUUAUUUUCAGGUAAAAUUGCCUUAAAAUGUUAUUUUGUGUCAGAAAAAGAUGUCUUUGCGCCUAGGAUAGUGCUGCUUGUUGUUUUAAAAUGUACAUUGCACAAGAAUAUAUAUGCUUCUAUAUGUAUUUCACAGUUACCAUUCAUUUCAAAUAAUAGAAGUGUAAUAAUUUGAAAGUUUAAUCUAUAUAUUAUUUGCAACAUGCACAUACUUAAGAAAUGCUAAAUAAUUUGGAGGUUGGGAGUAAUCUGUGUUGCAGUUGUUUAGUAUUAGCGCUUUAUUUUGUCUUCGAUUAUUUCUGAAUGUAUACUGUAUUGCAAAAAAGUUAUUUUUCAUUCAUUUUUUUGUGCUUGAUAAUAAAAUAUUUGUGCUUGUUUUUAUCUACAUUGUUUUACUUAUAUAUUGAUUAUAUAAACAUUUGAGCUUGGACUACAUAUGUUUUAAUGUCCAAAAGAAAGAUUUUUUUUUUUCGGGUAUAUGCUUUCAUUUAAUAAAGGUAGGGCAAAACAUGAUAUUUUUUUGUAUGAUUGAUUAAGCAUCUCCGAUACAUAUAGAAAUUUGUAUUAUUUUUAAUGCAGACUUUUUUUCCGUACACUACCUUUUGCAUAUUGCUGAAAACAUGUUUUGCCUGGCCUUUUGAAAUUUUGUACAUAGAUUGUAACAAUACAUAGUUUAUGCUUUUUUGUACCAUUACUGAAUGUUGCUAAUGUUUUACAUGUCUUUUUACACACAACUUUAUCAUGACACGUAAUUUUACAAUUAUGUAAGUUUCGAAUGUGAAUGGUUCUGCAUACUUUUUUUUUUCAUUUUAAAGCAACACACACUGUCAUAAUAGUUGUACAUAUUAGCUUUUAGUUACUGUUUUCUAGGAUUUAAUUAAUUAUCAUGCUUUUUUUGUGUAAAAUGCAUUUUUUACAAAUUUUCUUUCAGUAUGUGCUAAGGAUUUUAUUUCAUACAUAUAAUUGCACUGUACAACUCAUUGAUGCAUUUUCGGGAGUAAAAUUUUGAGGUGAAUGCAAAUUUGCUAGAUUUUGGGACAGAAACUAUAGGUAAAAGAAAAUGAGAAAAAGAGAAAUGGCAUAGGAGCUAUUCAUAAGGAGAACUAAUGAGAAAAAAAUCGAGUUUGAAAUUGCCUUGUGAUUGCAUAGAUCGAACAGUUGAAUGUAUGAUUUUUUAAGCAAAAGAUUUUUAGCUCAGUGUUUAAAAGGUGUUCUUUUGUCAUACUUUUUUGAAUGCAUCAUUUGUAUAUUUGCUUAGAACAUUGAUUAGCAUUACCUUCACUUGUCUUUUUUAUGUGCUAUUAAUUUUUAUAUCAAAUGUUUCAUAACAGGGUUUCAUGUGGCACAUCUCAGCUGUAAUAUAUUUAGUUUGUUCACUCACUUCAAAAUUGCGGAUUCUUCAGAAAACUUUCAUUUGGAAAGUCUGGGAUUCGAAUCUUGAGUGAGAUGUAUUUUCACUGCAAUAUUUGACUGACGACAAUCUGUGGCCAUUUAUCCUUCAGCUCGAAUUCAUGUGCGGAAGUUGUCACUUUCUUGAGGAAAACAGGUUAAGAAUCCAGGAACAAAUGUUAUGUUAACCGUCAGCUGUAUUUAACUGAAGAAAUGUUGAAAAAUGGUACUAAAGCUGACAAAAACAAAAUAAGUUGUAUUGUAUAUUGUUUCAGAAUGAUCUUGGUUAAAGGGAAGAUUUCAGAUAAAAACGGUGCAGAAAAUAUUCAGUGAAAGUUAUAUCUAAGAAGCAUUUGUUUAAUGAGACAGGUGUAAUGUAUUACCAGAUUUGAUUAAGAGGAGACAAACCCUGUUACGAAAUACGUUUAUCAACAGUAGCUGUGCUGUAUUCAUUUUUGUUUUGUUUUAAGAGUUAUUGUUAAGUAUUGUGUGUUAACGCUGUGUUUUAUUUUGUUUUACCACGCUGUAGAGUAUUUAAUCUGUUUCGCGAUAUAUUGUUGAAAAGUUUUAACCAGUGUUUAGUAAAAUAGCCUACUUUUGAUAGGCCUUGACAUCUCAAGUACAAACUGUAGUUUGUUUCAAUUAUUUUGUGACUUAACUUCCUUGGGCAGUUACAAAAGAUUAUUUUUUUCGAAAAGGGAGACAUAAUGAAGUUUGAAUUUUGCUGAAAGUUUUACACCUUGUAAAUUCUGAGAAAAGUCACUAGACAAGAAAAGAGGUUAACAUUUCUUACUCCCAGAAAGACAAAAUUCAGGACAAUUUUAUUGACUUAAAUGUAUACCAAAAUUAUAAAGGUUUUAAACAUAGCUUAUGAAGCAUUUCAGAUUAUAAAAGACUUGUUUAUUAUAGUUUAAUAGCAAAACUUGCAUGAUUUUGGAAAAGAAACAUUUUCUAUGUCUUUGUACAUGUUGUUACUAUUAUCUCAGCCUCUGGUCUGUGAACAAACAAUAGGAACAUAAUUGUAUCAUAGGCCUAGUUUUCUAUAUAGGGCAGUAAGGACGAGAGGGUCAGUGAGGUAAAUACGAGGUAAAAAGGUGGAGAUAAACAUGGUAAUCUUUUAUUUCAAGGUUAAAAGUGUUCUGGUUCAUAAGGAUGAGUCGUUUAAACUUAAAGCUACUUGAUUACAGAAUUUUUAAAAUUAAGAUCUUUAAAAGUGGCUGUGUUAAGAUUUAGUUUGAUUUCAAAGUGUUUUUGGAAAAGAGAACGAAAGCAAAGAAAUAAAAAAUUAAAGAAAUCAAAGUAAAGUUAUGAAAAACAUGUAGCAGUAAAAAGAUCAACAAAAGAGAAAGAACACGGAAUUGAAUAAUUGAAGUUUUAUAAUUAGCACUUAGUUUAUAGUUCAAUAUAUUGAAAUAAGUGAUAUAACAUUAUAGGAAAUGACAGUAAGAAACAGCAUUAUCAGAGUUAACAGUGAGGAAGAUAAAAAUGAGAACAAACAUUGUUUAUGUAUAAAGAAAUAAGAGAAUGAAUUGUUAGAUUGCUACAUUUUUUGUCGUACAGUCAAACCUGUAUAUAGAGACCAUAAUCAGGAAGGUCAUACAGGAUGUCCUUACGUGCAGGUGGCCUUUACUCACAGGUUAAAAUAAUGUUCAAAUUGAAAAUGAAUUUUGUGGUCAGUGGAGACAGGUGGUCUCUGUUCAAAUGUGGCCUUUAGAAGAGGUUUGACUGUAUAAGGCUGAUAUUCACAAUUAUGUUUGCUUAACAUCUUUAUUGUUACACCAUUUUAGAUUGUGAGUUACAUCAAUGUAAAAUGUAGGAAAAACAUCAAUAAAAUUACAAAAAUUCAAAA